AUGUCGUCCAACAACACCUCGGCCAGUGUCUCCAUCGAUAAGUUCGAUGGGGACAACUACUCAACCUGGUGUCGCUACAUGCGCGGCGUGUUUCUGACGAAGUCAGUCUGGUACGUCGUGAACCGCGAAACGUCUCCAACCUUCACCGACACGCGAGCUUCCGACGAGUACGUCAAGGCGAGCAACAUCGCGUUCGGGUUGAUGUUGCUCCACAUGGACGCCGACUACCACCAUGUGGUCGACAACUGUGAAGAAGCAUGGACAGCGUGGUCGCGGUUGAAGAUGCUCUAUGGUGGGUCGCAGAAGGCGGGACGCAUCUACCUCAAGCGCCAGCUGUUCAGCAUCAAGAUGGCGGAAGGUGCCAACGUCUUGCACCAUUGCAACGAAGUCUUGAACAUCGGCGCCAAGCUCAGCAGCAUCGGUGCCAAGAUGGAAGACGAAGACAUUGCGAUCUGCUUGCUGCUCAGUCUCCCGAAGAGUUUCGAGAACGUGGUUCUGAACUUGAAGAUGAGCAAUGCAGAGCUGCGCACGCAAGAUGUGGUCAAGGUGCUGACUAACGAGCACAUCAAGCGACAAGGCGAGAAGAUGACAACGGCAACGACAACGGUGAAGACUGAAGAUGCGACAAAGGCAUUCAGUACCGAGCGCAAGCCCUACCAAUGCACAUACUGCGGCAAGGUGGGGCACACGGCAGAGCGUUGCUGGACGAAGCAAAAGGAUGAAAGUCGAGGAGCCCAACGCGGCGGCAAUGGUCGCGGACGCGGGGCAAACAAUGUCCAGUGGCGACAUUAUGAUGAAGGCAACAGCUACGAUCGAGUGGCGUUUGCAGUUUCGUUCGAAUGCGGAGUUUCGACGAACAAGAAUGGACCAGGAAUGUGGGCCGUUGACAGCGGGGCAACACAUCACAUCUGCCACGACAAGUUCAAGUUUGCAAGCUUGGUCGAAGGCAAUGAUGGCGAGAUCCUGGUGGCUGAUGGCAACAAGGCGGCCAUCAAAGGUGUGGGGACCAUCGUGGAAAAGGUGAUUCUGCCAAACGGGGAAGAGCGCGAGAUCGAGAUCAAGAACGCGCUCUAUGUGCCCAGCAUGAGCAAAAAUCUGCUCUCGGUGCCGCAGAUUAACAAGCACGGCAACUUCCAAGUGGUGUUUGACGGGGAUACGAUGUACGUCGCUCGCAAGGAUUCCAAUCAAGUGGUGGCAGCUGCGGAUCUUGUAGACGGACUCUACUGGCUUCGCACGACGCAGCGAUCGGCCAAUGCGACAUCACUCAGCAACGCUGUUGAUCUACAUGCACGAAUGGGCCAUGCUCCAGUAGACGUGCUUCGCAGGAUGGUGACAAGCCACAUGAUCAAGGACGCUCACAUCCCUUCCAAGCCGAAUGGAUCAAGUGUGUGUCGAGGAUGCCAAGAAGGGAAGAUGGUCCAGAAACCGUUCCCGAGCAACCGUGACAAGCGCACCUACAACACCUUCGAGAUGCUCCACUUCGACAUCUGCGGACCCAUGGAAGAAAAAUCUCUGGGUGGCAGCAAGUAUCUGCUGCUGAUCGUGGAUGAAGCCAGCGGAUGCAUGAAGGGUUUUUGUCUGCAUUCCAAGUCAGAGAGCGAAGAGUGCAUCAAGAAGUACAUCACGAUGAUACAGACGCAGUUCAACAAGAAGGUCAAAUUUGUGCGACACGAUGGAGCCCGCGAAUUUGCGACGAACUCGCUUCAAGAUUUCUACGAAGUCGAAGGCAUCGAGCAACAAACCACGGUGCCAUACGCACAUCAAGCCAAUGGAACUGCUGAACGCGCGAUUCGAACUAUCGUCACCAUCGGUCGUAGCAUGCUACAUUAUGCCAAGCUGAACAAGUGUUUCUGGGGUGAAGCGGCAAUGACGGCCGUCUAUGUGAAGAACCGUUUGCCGUCACCCAAGAUUCCACACAAGACACCGUUCGAGAUUGUCUACAAUUCUAAGCCAAGUGUCAAGCACAUGCGCGUUUUUGGGUGCCAAGCAUACAUCUUGACCCCGAAGGAGAAACGACUCAAGUGGGAUCCCAAGGCCCGGGCUGGAUUGUUUUUGGGCUACGAAGAAGUGUCCAAGGCGUAUCGAGUUUACGACAUCGAAGCGGGGCAGGUGAUGAUAAGUCGCGAUGUCAACUUCGAUGAGUCGGCCUUUGGAAUGUCGAUGCUGAUUUCCGAUGACGAUGUUGAUGGCCUGGACUUCGAAUCGAUCGAUCUUGAUGAUGAAGAACCGCGUCCGAGACACUUCAAACAAACAGGAAAGCGCAAGGCCCAACCCAGUCACGACAAUGACGACGCAAGCAUGCCCCGAGCAGUGCGCCAACGACCCGGAUUGGAAGAGUCAAGUGCGCCGGAUGACCUCUCUUCACGUCGAGCCAACGAAGAUGAAGAAAGGAAGUCGGAGGAACAACAUGACACACCGACUUCCUCCGCGUUUUGGCAUGCGAGUGCAAACGCCGUCGAAGCAGCGGUCGAUUUUUCGGAGCCGUCGACAUUUGAAGAAGCAGUAUCUGGCCCGGACCAAGUACACUGGCGCAAGGCAAUUGAUGCGGAGCUCGAUUCGAUGAAGCUUCGCGGUGUCUUUCGUGCGGCCAAGUUACCCAACGGACAAAGCGCCAUUGGCACAAAGUGGGUCUUCAAGAUCAAGCGCAAGGCGGAUGGGUCGAUCGAGAAAUACAAGGCACGACUUGUGGCCAAGGGUUUUCGCCAAAAGUAUGGCAUUGACUACACGGAGACGUUCUCGCCCGUGGUCAAGUAUCUCGAUGUGGUGACUGCGUUCCUGUAUGGAGUGAUGAAGGAGAAGGUGUUCUGCGCUGUUCCGGAAGGCGUCAAGAUGGAAGGUGAUUUCGACUGUCUCGAGCUGAUCAAGGCGAUCUACGGUCUCAAGCAAGCCUCGCGUGUUUGGAACGAGACCUUCGACGAAUUCAUACGCUCGAUUGGUUUUCAAGCGUCGGGAUUCGAUCCAUGUCUCUACAUCAUGACUUCGGAAGGCCAUUGUGUUUUUGUGCUGGUCUACGUGGACGAUGUCUUGGUGACUGGAAGCUCGCUCGAGAUGAUUGCGCGCACCAAGAACGACCUCAAGACACGCUUCGAGAUGACGGACAGCGGCAAGUGUGCCUUUGUUCUUGGGGAUCGAGUUAUUGGACGGUGA